CUCCCCACGGCAUUCUCGGCCUUGUAGUGCCGCCACGGCGCAUGCGUCUACCCCCUGGAGAAGGUUCCGGAAAGAAGCCGACAGUGAGUGCGCAGCAACUGGAGCCGGAGAGUUACAAUCACUAUUACAUGCUGGGACAUCAUGUUCGCAGCAAAGUUCACCUGUCUGAGAAAUUUACCAGCCCUGAGCCUGAGGCCAGUUCUCACCCAAGGGGGUCCAGCAUGGAGGAGCUGCAACUUUAAAGGCACUCAGUGGCUUCUGCAGCCCAAACAAAAUUAUGCCACCAAGUCACGUGUUAACAUACGACGGACAAAAACAAUGCGUGAAAAGAUGAAGGAAGCAGUAUUCAGCCCUUCGUUGGAAACUGCAGCAAGAUUCGACUCCACAGGAAGAUUGCUUGUGGCUGGAGGAGCAGCUGUAGGUCUUGGGGCACUUUGUUACUAUGGACUGGGAAUGUCCAACGAGAUUGGAGCCAUUGAGAAAGCUGUCGUUUGGCCACAGUACGUGAAAGAAAGGAUCCGCUCCACAUACAUGUAUUUUUCAGGAGGUAUAGGACUCACAGCACUGUCGGCUGUAGCAAUCAGCAGAUCACCAGCAAUCAUGAAUCUCAUGAUGAAGAAUUCCUUCCUGGCAAUAGGAGCAUCAUUUGCAGCAAUGAUAGGAGCAAGUGUUUUGGUGAGGUCCAUACCCUAUGAAGAAGGGCUGAAUUCGAAGCACUUAGCCUGGAUACUGCAUUCGGGUGUGAUGGGAGCUAUGGUUGCUCCAAUGGUUCUUCUUGGUGGCCCCAUCCUAAUGAGAGCUGCCUGGUACACAGUAGGGAUUGUCGGUGGUCUCUCCACUGUGGCGAUGUGUGCCCCCAGUGAAAAGUUCCUGCACAUUGGUGGGCCAUUGGCUGUUGGUCUGGGAUUGGUUUUUGCUUCCUCUAUAGGCUCCAUGUUCCUGCCCCCUACCUCAGCAUUUGGCGCUGGUCUGUACUCUGUAGCUGUCUAUGGAGGCCUUGUCCUUUUUGGCAUGUUCCUGUUGUAUGAUACCCAAAAGGUGAUCAAACGAGCAGAGAUGUACCCAGUAUACGGCAUUCGAAAAUUUGAUCCCAUUAAUGCGUGUAUGGGGAUCUAUAUGGAUACAUUAAAUAUCUUCAUUCGAGUAGCAACUAUUCUGUCAAGCAGUGGCACUGGCAGGAAGAACUGAUGGGAAGAAAACUGGCUGAUUAAACUCAAGACUUUGUGAAUUUGCUCUCCACUAUUUUUAAGUUGCUGAACCAUCACUGUACCUGCUAAUCAGAGCCAAGUAUAAACCCUCUGCUGAAACAGCUCGCAAUAAAGGGACAGUGGCUUAACGUGGAUAUUCUUUGCACCUCGUUUGUUUUCCAUGAAGAAUAAAAUCAGUUAUAAUUGGGUAUAUUGAGUUCUAUGUAGGUCUGUGUGCACAGAGGUGAUCUUUAUAUUUUCAAGAUUUGAAAGCCAUUUUCAUGCACUUUCAAAGAUAACUUGCAUUUUUAUUGCUUCUGUUCAAUAAAGUUUUCUCAAAUGAAA